GCUUCCCGUGGUGAUGAGGGCGGACAUCGGACAAUGCUGUUGUCAACAUCAUAUGACGGUGUGCGUUGAAAGUGAAUUCGUGUUUCCGAGAGCCAUUGACUGCCAUAUGGAACCGUAUUUCUUGCGAGGAGUGAAGUUAUAAUUAUUUCGACACUUGCUUUCUUCAAAUUUAACAUAAGACAAAUCAAAAUGUUUGGGCUGUUUGCGCAUUGUUUUUUAAUAUAUGGUGUUACUGCAGUGACUGUGAAAUUCUCAGAUACAGAUCUGCAGAUUGAGACAGGUGAAACGUCUCAACUUACUCUCAUUCUCAGUGGUAAUCUAAAUGUCAGUGCGGACAUAUUGUUUACAUAUCAAGUUGGUGAUGACAUCAAAUACACAGAUGAUAAGCAGAUCAUAUACCCUGUACCUAAUAUGACCAUCUAUCCAGGAAACAAAAGCAGUUCAGUGGUCAUAAAGGCACACAAUGCUGGACAUGUGACUUUGGGAGUGAACUCUUCUUCAUCAGAACUGGAAGGUUUAUCAAGGGCAUUUGUUAGAAUCAACACUGUACGUAGUUCAGUACUUGUUGUGAUCAAUGCAGUCAUUGGGUGGCUGUACUUUGCUGCCUGGUCUGUAUCCUUCUACCCACAGGUAUACAUCAACUGGAAGCGCAAAAGUGUGGUGGGACUCAACUUUGACUUUUUGUCAUAUAACAUCACGGGCUUUCUGGCAUAUGGCUUUUUCAAUGUUGGAAUGUUUUGGGUGACUGGAGUGAAAAAUGACUACCUAUCUCAACAUCCACGUGGAAUUAAUCCAGUCCAGCUCAACGAUGUUAUUUUUACACUGCAUGCGGUGUUCAUUACACUGGUCACCAUUGGACAGUGUUUUAUUUAUGAGAAAGGGGGCCAGAAAGUAUCAAAGAUAUGCAUGGUGCUUGUAGCAGGUGCCUGGCUGUUUGCAGCUGCUGCACUCAUCGUGACCCUGACCCACAAGAUCACCUGGCUGACCUACCUGUACUAUUUUUCGUACAUCAAACUGGGUGUCACGCUUAUUAAGUAUAUUCCACAGGCCUAUAUGAAUUAUCAACGCAAAAGUACUGUUGGGUGGAGCAUCGGAAAUGUUUUGUUGGACUUCACUGGUGGUUCCCUCAGUCUGCUGCAGAUGUUUCUCUUGUCUUAUAACAGUGAUGACUGGGGCUCGAUCUUUGGUGAUCCUACAAAAUUUGGCUUGGGAUUCUUUUCAAUUUUGUUUGACAUUCUGUUUAUAGUUCAACAUUAUUGUCUGUACCAUGGCCGUGAUGCUUACCAGGUUAUUGGUGAAGAAAAAGAAAUUAAAGUGAAUGCCAAAAAUCAAGACUACCAAGGAGCACAGACAGUUUAUUAGAUCAAGCUUAUUGCUUUUUAGUUAUUUAUAAAGCAUGAUAAGGCACUUUAUAUGCCAAAGUUUUGCAACCAGAAAGUGCAUUGGUUCUCUGCUGUAACUUAUAUUUAGAAACCAUGCAUAUGGUACAUACAUCCCAGGACAUCAUAGUUCCAUUGCUAUAUACAGGGUUUAUACAGGCCACAGGAUUUUUAGUUAUUGUGCAGUGAAACAAUGGAACUCUCCCUUUCCAUAUCCACCACCUACCCACUAUUAAAUCCCUUAAACGUGCACUGAAAACACACCUCUUCCAUAAACAUUACUCCUAAUAACCUUAUCAUUAUGCUCGAUAUUUUUCACACCCUUCCUUUUGCAAUAUUGUGCUACUCUCAGCUCUUGUUCUUGUUAUUUGGUUCCUCUUUGUGUUUUCUAUAUUUGAUUUUAUUCUGUUUAGUACGGUUGUUGAUUCUUUUAUAGU